UCUUCGUCCUGCUCCAAAUUUUCUAGUAGUACUUUUUUCCCGUAGAACUAAUUUACUUAUAGAACUUGAAAAAAAAAACAGUUAUCAAUUUAGUAAUGGCUUCAAAUAUGCUAUCCACUUUCCUCCUCCUCCUUCCCUUGAUUGCUUCAACUUCGCAGACCAUCUUUGUAUCAGCAGAUCCUACCUAUGACAGUUUUGCAAAUUGUUUAGCAGAAAAUGGAAUCCCAAGAGACCAAAUUUCCCGGAUACUUUACAGUCCCACAAGUUCUUCAUUCAGCUCUGUUUUAAAUGCGUAUGUUCGAAAUCUAAGAUUUAACACGACAAGCACUAAAAAACCGUCCAUAAUUGUCACCCCUUUGCAGCUUCAAGGAGUCCAAGCAGCCGUUUUAUGCACAAAACAAUCAAACCUGCAGUUGAAAAUCCGAAGCGGAGGGCAUGAUUAUGAAGGUAUUUCGUACGUUUCAGAAAACAAUUUUGUGAUUCUCGACAUGUUCAAUAUUAGAAACAUUACAGUUGACAUUUCUACUAAGACCGCUUGGGUUCAAACCGGGGCGACACUUGGGGAACUCUAUUACAGAAUCUGGAAACAGAGUAAUGUUUAUGGCUUCCCCGCCGGUGUUUGCCCGACGGUAGGUGUCGGUGGGCACAUCAGCGGCGGCGGUUAUGGUCCGUUGUUGCGUAAAUUCGGGCUCACGGUUGACAACGUUGUCGAUGCACAGAUUAUUGAUGUUAAUGGAAAUGUUUUGGAUAGGAAAGGAAUGGGUGAAGAUCUGUUUUGGGCUAUUAGAGGCGGUGGUGGAGCAAGUUUUGGAGUUGUUUUGUCUUACAAGAUUAAUUUAGUACCAGUUCCUCCAAUUGUUACUGUUUUUAAUGUUCAAAGAACUCAGGCUCAGAAUGCAACCGAUAUUCUUGUUCAGUGGCAAAAUGUUGCCAGCAAAUACGAUGACAAUCUGUUCAUAAGAGUCCUUGUUCAACCUGUUACUAUCAAUAAGAGCAGAGGAAUUAGAUUGACAUUCAUUGCAUUGUACUUGGGAGAUUCCAAUAGCCUUCUUUCUGUCAUAAAUUCAAAACUUCCAAAGUUGGGAUUGAAGAAAAGUGACUGUAUUGAAACGAGUUGGAUCAGAUCGAUGCUGUUUUGGAUGAAUUUCGACAUCAAAACUGCACCAGAAGCUCUGCUUAGCAGAACCCCUGAUUCAGUGAACUUCUUGAAGAGGAAAUCUGAUUAUGUCCAGACCCCAAUUCCAAAAACUGCAUUAACAUCGAUUUUUGCCAAGAUGGUUCAGCUUGGAAAAGUGGGAUUUGUGUUCAAUCCUUAUGGUGGAAGAAUGGGACAAAUUGCUGAGACUGAAACGCCGUUUCCUCAUCGGGCAGGGAUCAUUUACAAGAUUCAGUAUUCGGUUAACUGGCAAGAUGCAUCUCCAGAUUUAGCACAGCAAUAUCUUGCACAAGCAAAGGAGCUUUACAGCUUCAUGACACCAUACGUGUCGAGCAAUCCGAGGCAGGCUUUUCUGAAUUACAGAGAUCUGGAUAUUGGGUCAACCACAAAUGGGAAGGAUAAUUACAAUGAAGGAAGAGUAUACGGGCUCAAGUAUUUCAAGGGCAAUUUUGAUAGGUUAGUGAGAGUCAAGACUGCGGUUGAUCCUGGGAAUUUCUUCAAGAAUGAACAGAGCAUUCCACCACUUUCUCAUUAAUCCAUCCCGUAUAAAAUUAAUCAACAAGUGUAAUACACACUAAUAUGCUCAAUCUCUCUUUUCAUACAACACAAGCACAUUUCAUUAAUAUAGAAAGCUUAUCGAUACAAAUAUACGGCACGAUUAUCUUUCUCUUUUUUAUCACGGAGUAGUAAUAACAAAUAUCACGGAGUACUUCGAAAUAAGGGAGUCGCAGGGAUUUCAAAUCCAAUUUCGGUCGUGCAGAAGAGGACGUUGUUAGCUUUAGUCGACUUAAAAAAACUGACAUGUUUAAUCCAAAA